AUGUCUUUUCUUCAAUACCCACCUGACAAGAAAAUCUAGAAUUACUAAUUUAGUUUCAAGGCAAAAGUAGGAAAAGGUGCUUAUGGAACAGUUUAUGCAGGAAAGAAUAUGAAUGAUAGUAAAAUAAUUAAUUAUAUUAAAUUUAGAUAAGAUUGUGGCUUUGAAAAUAAUAGAUAAGAAAAUAUUAUAGACAGACUAUGCGAAUUAAUUGAUAGCUUCAGAAAUUGAGAUAAUGAAACUAAUUGAAGAUAAAAAUAUUGUUAAAUUAAUUGAUGUAUUGUAAAGUGUGAAUAAUACAUACAUAAUCACUGAGUAUUGUAAUGGAGGAGAUUUAAGAGAGUAUUUAAAAAAGAGAAAGUAAUAAUUAAUAUUAUGUGUUAGAUUAAUCUCAGAAAUAGAUGCGAUGAAUAUAUUUAGAGAUUUGCUUCAUGGCAUAAAGGCAUUAUUAAAAAUAGGAAUAAUACAUAGAGAUAUAAAACCAGCAAAUAUAAUGAUACAUGAUGGAGAAUUCAAAAUAACUGAUUUUGGAUUUGCUAAAUAAGUGGAUUCACAUAUUGAUGCAAUCAUGAAUUCUUUGGUUGGAACUCCUCUUUAUAUGAGUCCAUAAAUAUUGAAGAGAUAAUCAUAUACUUCUAAAUGCGAUAUAUGGUCUCUAGGUUUAAUAUUAUAUGAAAUGCUUUAUGGUAUAACACCUUGGCAUUCUUCUAACCUAGUUGAAUUAAUGACUAAAUUAGAUACUAAAGUAUUUUCAUUCUUAUAUUUAAAGCCUUUAGAAUUCCCUUCCUUUCCUAAAGUAAGUGAUUAGACCAAAUUUAUCAUUAAAAAUUGUCUAUAAAUCAAUGAAGAGAAAAGAAUUUCAUGGGAUACUCUUUUUGAUUUAGUCGAUAUUUAAGAACAACCUAUUAUUUAUAACCACAGCAUUUUACCAAUAAUUUAAAAAAACUCUGCUCAAUAAAACUCUACUCAAUAUCAAAGUCAAUAAAAUUAAUAAAAUAAUGCAACCUAAGAAAAUGUAAGUUUCAUUGAAAAAAGAUCUAAUCAAAGAACUAAAUAAAGAACUGAAAGUAUGGGAAAUGGUAAUUUUGUCAGUCGUCAUAAUAGAAGCUUAAGUAAUGCCAAAAAUCAUGAUAAAGAUAAAUCAGAUGAAAGAUAAAAAGUUAAAUGUACUACUCCUAAAUUAUCAUACUUAUAAAAAGUCACACCAUAAAGAUAAACUGUUACUCUAACAUAAGAAUCUGAAAGAGAUAGAAGUAAUUCAAUAAUCAAAUUCGCCAAUAAAAAACUCAGUCUUAUGAAAUAUCUAGAAAAUAUGCAUACAACUUCUCAAGAAUAAAAAGAUAGUAAGGAAUAAAACAACAAAUCACCAAGCUAUUUAUAAUCUAAUUCAACUACUAAUACUUCUAAUCGACAUAAUCUAGAAUCAGAUAACUCAUCUAAUAAAACUAAAGUGACUGAAUUUUAAAUUGAAGAAAAAUAAAGAGAACCUAUCAAUAAUAUUAUUAAUAAUGGCUAUUACAAUUCAGGAUAAAAUUUAAAAUUAAAAAGAACUUUUAGCAAUAAUUUUAAGGAAAAUAGUUUAUCUCCUAUGAAUUAAAAUUAAAAUAGCAUAUAGUAACUAUUAAAAUUAAUAUAAAACCAAUAUGAUCUCAUACCUAGCCAUUUUGCUAUAAAAAAAUAAAUUGAAUAAAUAAUUAAUUAACAUAAAACUAUGAUAAUGUAAGUUAAAGACUUAUAAUAUUCAUAAGAAGAUUCUUAAGAUUUAAAAAAAAUAAUUAAUAGACUCAUUGAUUAUUUAAAUGAACAUCCUAAUGAUAAUUUUGCUAUUUAAUUAUCAGUUAUGUUAUUAUUGAUUCUGAACUAUAAUUAAGUAGUCAAUUUUUGCUUAUAAUAAAAAUCCACAUAAUUAUCAAGAUCAAUAAUAGAUUUAAUUAAAUAAAAUUAAAGUAUCUAAUAAAAACAAUUAAUUUUAAAUCCAGCAUUUUUAAGAGAAAAUAUAAAUAAAUAACUUUCAUGA